AUGGCCCCCGUCUACGAGAAGUCCGGAGUCUUUGCCGGGCAGCUAGUCCGAAGCGCCAGGGCGGCCGUGGUGGCAGCCGGCCCGGGGGUCGCCAGGCUCGCAACCCGCGACGUCCUUUCGCGCCGCGACUUGACUGUCUCCAGCGAUGCGCAGAAGGUCACGCUUGGAAUAAUCGCAGUGUAUAUCGUCGUCAUCGCUAUUCUGUGGAAUUUGCCGUACGUGCGAUGGAGUCUAUGGCCUUUCAAAAUGCUGGUUAUCGCGUUCCACGAGUUCGGACAUGCCAUCACGGCGGUCUGCACCGGCGGCCGCGUCAAGUCUAUCUCGCUUGAUCCCCGUGAAGGUGGCGUGACGCACAUGGUGGGAGGCAAGAGCGCCAUCACCCUCCCGGCAGGCUACCUUGGAUCGUCUCUUAUCGGUGCCCUGCUCAUCUUUUGCGGCUUUGAUAUUGUCGCGAGCAAGGUGGCGAGUAUCGUCCUCGGAGUCUGUUUUCUGCUUACACUGUGGUGGGGCAAGAGAGACUGGUUGACGAUCUUAACGGUGCUCCUUGCCGUCGGUCUGAUCAUCGCGUGCUGGUUCAUUGUGCACGCUGAGCCCUUGAGAUUUGUGGUGCUCUUUAUUGGCGUCAUGUCCUCUUUGUACAGUGUCUGGGAUAUCUGCGAUGACCUGAUCCUACGUAAAGUAAACAGCUCAGACGCCAGCGUUUUCGCACAGAGAUAUGGCGGCUCUUCUCAGUGCUGGGGCGUCAUCUGGUCGAUCAUCUCGAUUCUUUUCAUGGUGGCCGGCAUCAUUGCUGGAAUUGCAGCAUUUCCCGAGUCCUUUGCCCAACAGGAAGAAGACUCGAAGAACUUUAUACCAACCCGCUAG